AGAGGCUUCUGCUUAUUCUCGUGCCUUCUCCUACUUCUUCAUCUUUCAUCCAUCACUUUAUAAAGGGUCACAUGACCAGUUUCUGCAUGUGAUCUCUCUCGACCUAUCCCGUUACCCCUCCGAGGAUUCAGCCAUUUCUUGUCUCUUCUUGUUCUUCCUCCAUAACCCUUUGUCCCUCUCCUUUAAUUGUCAGAGCUGUUACUCUGUGAUAUAGAUGACGCCCCCUGAGCAAGAGACUGGUGGCCGGGUUGCCACCCCCAGCCGAGUCUCUGCAAACUGGAAUGAGAACGGCCCGCUUCAUGUGGAGCCGGCAUCGUCCUCGCGGAAUGUGAGUCCGUGUCUUGAGGAUCUGUUCUUAGAUGAUAAACCCCUCUCUCCGGUUAGAUUCUCCACUGUCCAAAGGUCGUUGUUCGCUGUAACUCUUAAGUUUGAGGACGUCGGAUACAAUAUCAAAUUACGUGGAAACAAGACCAGCUGCUGUUUCCCCUCGCACGCUCCAAAACAAACUCGCACGGUUCUAAAUGGUGUGACGGGUAUGGCCCGACCUGGAGAGCUGCUGGCAAUGCUGGGGCCCUCUGGCAGUGGCAAGACCACUCUGCUGUCUGCACUCGCUAGCCGCUUACCAGGAAAGAUCUCUGGCACUAUAACUUAUAAUGGCCAGCCCUUCUCCAGCUCCGUGAAACGCCGAACUGGCUUUGUUUCACAGGAUGACAUCUUGUACCCUCACCUGACUGUCCUCGAGAUGCUAACAUACGCCGCCCUGCUAAGGCUGCCGAAAGAGUUGACAAGAGAGGAAAAGGUUCAGCAGGUUGAGCUUGUGAUCACGGAGCUUGGGCUCAUGAGGUGCCGCCACAACGUAGUGGGUGGGCCAGUUCUCCGCGGCAUCUCGGGUGGCGAGAGGAAGCGAGUCAGCAUCGGGCAGGAGAUGCUUGUGAACCCAAGCCUCCUAUUGCUGGAUGAGCCUACCUCAGGGCUCGAUUCUGCCACGGCUCAGCGGAUUGUGGCGACCCUCUAUAGCCUGGCUCGAGGCGGAAGGACUGUGGUCACCACGAUCCACCAGCCGUCAAGCCGCCUGUAUAUGAUGUUUGAUAAGGUGCUGGUGCUGUCUGAGGGCUGUCCUAUCUACAGUGGCAGUGCGAGCCGGGUGAUGGAGUAUUUCAGAUCGCUUGGGUGUGUUCCUGGGUUCAAUUUUGUGAACCCCGCCGAUUUCCUAUUGGACCUUGCCAAUGGGAUAAAACCGGACUUGAAGCCAGGUAAUCAGUUUGAAUUGCAUAGCGGAGUGGACCGCCAUGACGAUCAGAACUCGAUCAAACAGAACCUCAUCUCUGCGUACAAGAAGCAUCAGUACCCGUUGUUAAAGGUUGAAAUCCACCAGAAUUCUGGAAACUAUGCUCUACACGGAUUGAGAAUUUCGUCAUCCAAACGUGAGGACCAGUGGACAACUUCUUGGUGGCAGCAGUUCAAGGUGCUGCUGAGCAGAGGUUUACGAGAGAGGAAGCACGAAUCGUACUCGGGAUUGAGGAUAUUCCAGGUCAUGUCAGUAUCUAUUCUGUCAGGGCUAUUGUGGUGGAAAUCCAACCCCUCAAACAUACAAGAUCAGGUGGGACUUCUCUUCUUCUUCUCAAUCUUCUGGGGCUUUUUUCCUUUAUUCAAUGCGACCUUAGCAUUCCCCCUCGAGCGCCCGAUGCUAACAAAGGAAAUGUCAUCGGGAAUGUACCGCCUCUCAUCCUACUUCUUCGCCCGGACUGCUGGGGACCUCCCCAUGGAACUCGUCCUCCCGACAAUCUUUGUGACCGUCACUUACUGGAUGGGUGGCCUGAGGCCCUCUAUGGUCACGUUUGCCCUCACCCUUCUCAUCGUCCUUUUCAAUGUGCUCGUUUCUCAGGGCCUCGGGCUCGCCCUCGGGGCGAUCCUGAUGGAUGUCAAGCAGGGGACGACUUUAGCCUCUGUCACAAUGCUUGUAUUUCUGCUUGCGGGUGGUUACUACAUACAGCAGAUCCCGAGAUUUAUCGCAUGGCUGAAAUACAUUUCUUUCAGCCAUUACUGCUAUAAGCUCCUCGUCGGGGUCCAGUACUCAAAGAACGAAUUUUACGAGUGUGGAAAUGGGGCUCACUGCAGGGUCCUGGAUUUUCCUUCCAUUAAGUCCUUGGGACUUGAUGAUAAGUGGUGGGAUGUUGCUGCUUUGGGUGUUAUGUUGAUCGGUUAUAGGGCCUUGGCUUAUAUUUCCCUGAGAUUGAGAUAGCCACAUCAAGCCUCUUGAUGAUAGGCUCGCGAGUUCAUUGAUCGAUUGGAGACAUUUUCGAGGCUUUCUGCAUGCCCAUGGGCGAUGCGGACAUACCAGAAGGAAAGUAAGACGUCAGCUUUUCUGGGUAUGGCAACUCCAAAAGUACAGGAGAUCUGAUUAUAGAUAGGUUUCCAGAAGUGUUCGAUUCUUGAUUCGCUAAAGAAACUUAAUUGGAUUAGAUCAGAAGUUAUGAGAUCUGACAAGCAUAGUGAUUAUUGAUGAUAUUGAUGAUCAUUUAUGUAGGCAAAUGGGAAAUUAUAUAUUGGAUUGAGAAGCUAAAUGAAAAUUCUGUAGCUUAGUGUAUUAUUUUUCAAUGUUAUAGGAGAAUGCUCAAUUCUAAAAAUGAUCUUAUUUGCUAUCGAAUUAAAUAGUUUUUCCUAUCUGAACCUUUUGAUGUUAGUCCUCGUGCAGUGGUUAGCUGGUCUCGAUAA